GGUUCGAUACGUGAUUUGGAGCGUCGGUGUCAGACGUAACAUUAUUACAACUAAAUAUUGACCGUUUAGUUAGUUGGGUGGAUACAAGUGUAGCUAAAUGUUUCUAUUUUCUAAGUGACUUUCAACACAUUGGUUGUUUCGCUGUGGUGAGACGAUUAUUUUGUUGAGUCUACCAGCUUUGUCGGUAGCGGUACAGUACAAGGUAGCUGUUUCUGCUAAGCUAGCAUUAGCAUGUCUGGUGUCGUUCGAGGACCAGCGGGGAGUAACGACUGUCGGAUAUACGUGGGGAAUCUCCCACCUGAUAUUCGUACCAAAGAUGUGGAGGACGUGUUUUACAAAUACGGAGUCAUUCGGGAUAUUGAUCUGAAAAACCGAAGAGGAGGACCGCCAUUUGCCUUCGUGGAAUUCGAGGACCCGAGGGAUGCAGAAGAUGCCGUUUAUGGCCGUGACGGUUAUGACUAUGAUGGGUACCGCCUGCGUGUUGAAUUCCCUCGAAGUGGGCGAGGAGGUGGAAGAGGAGGUGGUAUUGGAGCUUUAGGAACCCCAAGGGGAAGAUAUGGUCCACCUUCAAGGCGCUCAGAGUACAGGGUCAUUGUCUCAGGUCUUCCCCCUAGUGGAAGCUGGCAGGACCUGAAGGAUCACAUGCGAGAAGCAGGUGAUGUAUGUUAUGCUGAUGUGUACCGUGAUGGCACCGGGGUGGUGGAGUUUGUACGUAAAGAGGACAUGACCUACGCUGUCCGCAAGCUGGACAACACUAAGUUUCACUCUCAUGAGGGAGAGACGGCCUACAUUCGUGUGAAGAUGGAUGGUCCUCGCAGCCCCAGCUAUGGUCGUUCUCAUUCUCGUAGCCGCAGUCGAAGCCGUAGCAAAAGCGGGUCACGCAGCUACUCUCCACGUCACAGCAGAGGGUCUCCACAUUACUCUCCACAUCGUUCCCGCUCCUGUUCCCGCAGCUAGACACACCACAGCUUAAUUCAACUGCCGACCAGCUCUUCUGCAUAAUACAUCUCAGAGUGGGAAGAAAGACCGCGCCAAACAAAUGUACUUCAGAGGAGCAGGAUAGGAUGGAGACAGAGGAACAGGAAACAGUACAUAUUAAGAUAAACAGGAGGAGGAGGAGCCAAAAAUGGCACCAAUGGUCUCCCCAUUCCGGAGCCGGAUCAGGAUUCAGGAUCAGAUUAGGAUUAGGCUUCAGGAUGGAUACAUGGAUCAGGAGCGUGGGAUCAUUUUACCGGGAGAGGGUCCCGACCCCCAGCCCUAUCUACAUAACUCCAUCAGACCAGAAAUGUUAAUUAAAUAAACAAAAUUGGCUUUUGAGUAGUGAAGAGAAAUUUUUGUUUUUCUGUGGGACCUUUAGAGUUGCAGUCACUGACGUCACCCUGAGGAGCAGUUGUUUUCACAGUUAUUUAUUUUUUAUUUAUUUAUUUUUUUUUUUAUGGUAAGAGGAGCAAAGCUUGGAUCAAAACCAGGAGCAGGGCUGGGAGGUGCAGGAUGGAUCUACACACGUAAGCAAAAUGGUAAAUAGUGGGUAACAUUCACAGGAGGAGGGGAGGGAAGAGGGAGGACUGGGAGGCAACAAGGGAAUGUGACCUUAAUGUUCUACCUUUAUUUCUUUGGUUAUUCUUGCUGAGGAAGAAUGAGUUUUAAGUUUGCUAAGUAUAAUUCCUAGCAUGGUGGAAGGUUUGGUCUCAGGUUUGGUCUCUUUCAAUAAAAGUUCCAUUAACAGUUUA